AUGGCAAUCCCCAUCCCAUCUGAAACAUCUAAAGAAAGAGAAACGUUGGAGAAAAAAUUAAUAACUUCAGAGAAACAGUUAUCUGAUAGAAGGCAAAGAGUAACUUUUCUGUCUGAGGAAAAUAAAAAAUUGAAACGAAAAUUAGACAGAUUAGAAAAUCAAAAAGAUCAAAUGAAGAGGCUCAAAGAAAGUGUCACUGCAUCUAGAAAAGAAACACAAGUCUUACAGAGGAAUUUAGUUAGAGCUAAUAAAUUGAUAGCUGAAAGGAAAUGUAGCACAGAGUCAACAAGACAGCAACACCAUUACAAAGUCAAGUACAAUGAGAGUAGACAGGAGUGUGUGAAAUUAAAAAAUACAGUGAAAUCACUUGAAAUUAAUAUGAGAGCUUUGAAUCAAGAUAAAGGUGAAGGAACAAUUUUGGAUAAACUGCAAGAAUUAGAAGCAGAAAAUAACAAACUUAAGACAGAUUAUUCUGAAUGUGUAUCAAGUAUAGACUACCUUGAACAGCUUUUAGCUGAUGACGGUGACAAUACAGUUGUUCUGUAUGAUGAAUCAAAGAGAGAAUACACCAAAGAUGCUGUUAAAUGUAUUAUGAAUUUAACCGAUUUAAAAGUACCGAGCCAAAAGGUAGGCCCUGUCAUAAAAGAAGUAGCUGAGUUGUGUGGUAAAGUUCCUAACCAACUUCCAUCAAGAACAACGGUUGAUUCAGUUGUCGACAGAAAACUUUCUGUUGCUCAGAAACAGUUGUCUCUAACUCUUAAACAGAAGCAGCACACAACCUUAUAUACUGAUGAGACCAGAAAAUAUGGGAAAACUAUGCAAAGUUACAUUGUCACUGAUGAUGAUCAAACAUCCUAUGUAAUUGGUCUACGUGAAAUGUUCAACAAAAGUGGAUUGUGCACACUGGACACAUUCAAAGACAUUUUACACGACAUCAGCUCUUUAUGCGAGAAAAUGGAAGGGGAUGCCUCAGUAGGAUUUCAAAUUCUCAAAAACAUACAGAACACCAUGUCGGACAGAGCUGGGACAGAAAAAAAUUUCAACAAGUUGCUAGAGGAUUAUCGCAAGGAAAUACUGCCAGUGGUCAUUGAAAACUGGGAAGAAUUGGAUGAAGACCAGCGAAAAAUAACGACAUCUAUGAACAACUUUUUUGUAUACUACAUUUACUGGUUGGCAUGGCAGAUGUAG